AUGAAACCUGAAGCUCUUGAUUCUAGUUUGGAGUCGAAAGAAAAGAAUUUAAGUAUGCAUCCUGAAAAGCAGAGCAAAAUCGCGAGGAUGGACAAGGCUGCUUUUGAGAUACAAAAGUACAACUUUGAUGAGGAAAUGGAAGAGAAGAGAAGGUUAUUUGAGGAUGAGAUUAGAGUCAAGACUAUAAAAUUGGUUACGAAGAAGACCACAAUCAGCAACACAAAGAAAAUAUUGAAAAAGAGAGGGCAGUCUUGUGCGUUUGAUCCCGGAGGGACUCUUCGUGAGUACACAGUCUGUCAACUGAAACAAAACAGCAAAUUAAUGGAGAGUCUUACUUUUUCCAUUGUUCUUUUAAUCUUGCUAUUGAAUAGCUUUGCCUUCUCCUUGAAUUUUGACACAGAUAAAAAUGCACUUAUUUCCUUCAAAAAUUCCAUCACUUCCGACACUAAUGCUAUCUUGAGCAUCAAUUGGUCGCAAAACACAUCAGUCUGUAAUUGGAUUGGUGUGUCGUGCGGCCUCAAACACGGCCGUGUCACUGCUCUCAAUCUCCCUCGAUAUGACCUUGCUGGAACUGUUGCUCCCCAUCUUGGAAACCUUUCGUUUCUAAGAUAUUUGGACAUCAGUUCCAACAGUUUUGUUGGGAUGUUAUCCUUUGAGCUCUCUAAACUGCGUCGUUUGAAGGUGAUGAAUUUGGGAGCAAAUUCAUUCACCGGAGAAAUACCAACAUGGUUGGGCAGUUUACCUCAACUGGAGGAACUCUAUCUGUACAAUAACUCUUUCUUAGGUAAAAUUCCUUCGUCUUUGUUUAACAAUUCCAAGCUCCAGAUGUUACAGAUAUUACACUUGUACAGUAAUAAACUGAGUGGAUCCAUACCACAUGUUAUCUUCAAUGUGUCUUCCCUAAGAGAAAUCAGAAUUGGAAUUAAUAGCCUAUCAGGUCGGCUCCCAAUUGAUAUGUGCAACAAUAUGCCCAACAUCAAAUUCUUGGCACUCUCUUGGAAUCAACUUGAAGGGCAGAUUCCGUCAAAUAUAUGGAAAUGCACACAUCUUGAUGUCUUGUCAUUAUCCUUCAACAAUUUUAGUGGAAGCAUUCCACGUGAAACUGGAAGAUUGAGCAUGCUUACAAAGUUGCACUUGGGGUACAAUAGUGGUUUUCAAGGAGGAGUUCCACCGGAAAUCGGGAAUCUUUCAAGACUGGAGAUUUUAGGGAUUGGCAACGCUUCUCUAACUGGAAUUAUUCCAUCUUCAAUCUUCAACAUGUCAUACCUUGAGAAGUUAUAUCUUGGUGAUAACAAGUUGACAGGACUUAUUCCUCCGAAUAUCUGGAAGUGCAAAAAUCUUGAGAUCUUGAACUUGGGUUGGAACCAUUUCACAGGUAUUAGUUACAUGAUACUUUCAACGCUUUUUAUUAUAACAAAUUCUUUAUCACAUACUAUCCCGUUAAGAAAAUUAAAGAAAACAAGUAGGAUUUUUUUUUCAAUUUGA